CCUUCAAAAACCCUAACUCCCUUCUUUCCUUUCCUUUCCUUUCCUUAUUUCUCCGCAUGGCCUCUCCGGCUCGCGCCGCCUAUUUUCCUUCAUAGCUUCAUCCUCUUUGGGGGCAUUCGUAGUUUCUCUUAUUCUUCUUCUCAACAAGGAACCAACAGAUACUUAUCCACCUCUUCUGAGAUUGUAUCAUCUCCGAAAUCUGUUUCGUUGGCCUCUAAUGUUGUUCAGCUCGAGAAUAAUGGGAAGGCUGUACGUGCGUUACUUGCGAAUCAUGGAUUCUCUGAAUCACAAUUCUCUAACCUUGCCAAGAGGUAUCCUCGAAUUCUUUCUGCGAAGCCCGAGAAAACCCUACUGCCCAAACUGUUGUUUUUUCAAUCUAAAGGUCUUUCUUCCCCAGAAGUUGCCAAAUUAGUAUGUUCAUGUCCUUAUAUCGUAAAAGUAAAUUUAAACAAACGAAUUAUUCCAGCCUUUGAUUACCUUCAAGCCAUGCUUGGAAGUGAGGAGAAGACUCUCGCUGCCAUAAAGCGCUUUGCGGGUAUUCUCGCUUGGGAUCUUCGAAUUUCAGUUAGUCCCAAUAUUGAAAUUCUGAAACAAAUUGGAGUGCCGGAUUCAAAUAUUUUAAAAUAUCUUCAGGGGCAGCCUAGACAUUUCUUAACAAAUUCCAUCCGAUUCAAGGAGACUGUAGAGAGAGUUACGGAAAUGGGAUUCAACCCUCAACAACUGCAGUUUGUUAUUGCUGUUUCUGGUCUACGAGCAAUGACCAAAUCUACAUGGGAUAAGAAGGUUGAAGUUUAUAGAAAAUGGGGAUUGUCUGAAGAAGAGAUCUGUUUGGCUUUUAGAAGGCAUCCGUGGUGUAUGAUGCUUUCUGAGGAUAAGAUUAAUGGUGCAAUGGAUUUUUUUGUCAACAAAAUGGGAUGCGAAUCAUCUUUCGCUGCUAGUAGACCAAUUGUACUUUCACUUAGUUUGAAGAAGAGGAUUUUGCCUAGAGGCUAUGUUUAUCAAGUUUUGCUGUCAAAGGGUUUGAUUAAGAAAUACGGGAAUCCUGUUUCCUUCUUUGGGAUUUCUGAAAAGCGUUUCAUAGAAAAAAUCAUCAACCCCCAUAAGGAGCAGAUUCCUGGAUUGUUGGAGUUGUAUAAACAGAAAUCAAUGAAUUCAAUUUCUUGAA